AUGUCUAAGAUCAAUGCAAGAGGCUGGUGUGCAUUUUGGGAUGGAAGGUUCACAUACGGUGUAAGGGAAGAGAUAACUCAAACUAGGUUUGUGGUUAAUUUAUUAGAGAGGACUUGCUCAUGUAAUGAAUGGAAAAUCAGCGGCGUACCGUGCAACCAUGCAGUAGCUGCUAUUUGGAGUGCAAAAGAGCAACCCGAGCACUAUGUUGCCACUUGGUUCAGAAAGGAAACUUAUUUAAAGGCUUAUGAUUUCCUAAUGGAGCCUUUAAAUGGUCCUCAUGAAUGGCCAUCAUCAAAUAAUCAUAAUAUCUUGGCUCCUCCUUUUAAGAAGCUCAAAAAUAGACCAACAACAAAAAAGAAAAAACAAGUUUGGGAGGUGACUGCAAGUGGGAAGAUGAAGAAAACGGGUAUACAGAUGACAUGUAGUCAUUGUGGUAGUCAAGGACAUAACAAAAGGGGUUGCCAGCUCACUUAA